AUGUCAGACUCCCUCCAGGUCGUCGUGGUAGCCUCGCCCUUUGCAGGCUUGGCGCCCCUCUACGAAGUCGACCCUGACGCCGAUGCGCUGGUCAUUGUGCCCCCGCAGACAGAGCCAUUCGCGCCAUGGGAGGUGACAACACCUACCCAGCAAAAAACAACCUCGACCACGGCCGCGCCGCCAGCUUCUCGCCCAGGUCUGAGGAUCAAGGUCUCUUCCAAGCAUCUGUCCUUUGCGUCCAAAAUCUUCAAGAGCAAGCUCAAGUAUGCAGGCGGCCAAAAGUCGAAGCAAUCCGAUGGUCGCAUCCACCUGCAGCUGGCACCCGAAGAGCAAUUCGACAGCAAGGCCGUGGCCAUUGUUCUCAAUGCGCUCCAUGGCAAGGGGUCAAAGGUGCCAAAGGAGGUUGAUCUUGAUACCCUCGGCCAGAUCGCGCUGUUUGUCGACAAGUUCCAGCUGUUUGACGCGGUGGAGGUGUAUGGGGAGAGAUGGAUCUCGCGGCUGGAGCACACGAUCCCGGAUGCCUACAACAGGGAUCUGAUCGUGUGGUUGUACAUCAGCUAUGUGUUUAGAAACGCAGAGGUCCUCAGGGGAGUGACAAAGACUGCCAUUGUGGGGAGUGACGGGCCGAUCAAGACGUUGGGGCUGCCCAUCCGGGACAAGUUGAUCAAACACAUCGACGAGCAACGCCAACUUCUCGUUUCCUCCGCCAUCGAGAUUGUGACCUCGACGCUCGAGAAGCUAGUGGCUGGCAAGGCGGGCUGCAACAAGUACCACUGCGACUCGUUCUUACUCGGAGAGCUGGUCAAGACCCUCACCAAGAACAAGCUCGUUUGGCCUCGCCCGGAGAGGCCGUUUGCUGGUAUCAGCUUCCUUUUUGUUGUCAGCGCUGUGGAGGGUGUCUUUACCAGCCCGAGCCACUCUCGAGGUUCGGCUGUGUGCGGUGAUCUCUGGAAUGUGUGCAACGGCGUUGCUGCCAAGCCGAAUGGGAAUGGUUCUGUGAAUGGUAAUGGACGGGGAGGCCGUGGUCCGUUGACCCCCGAGGCUUCCCCUGAGCCGGUGUUGAGAAACGGGGGUGGGUACUUUGACACUCACGAGUGUGAUGCGCGCAAGUCUGUCGCAAGACUGGAUGAGCUGGAUGCUUUGGAGGAUGCGGUCAGGGGAUUGGAUUUGGAGGGAGCUCUGGGGUACAGGAAUUACUGA